UGUUGGUAUUGUUUACCUUUUACCCGAGAUUAUCGUAUUUAGAUUUCAUAUUGGUUGGACAAGAUACGCCUGUUAUAUAUUGUAUGGAGUGAAAAUGUUUCCGCUUUACGUAUCUACGUUUGCUAUUGUUACCCUGACACUAGACCGUGUGUAUGUUGUUCUAAGACCUAUAUCUUCAUCUGGCAGAGGUGUUAAAUACAGAGUAUCAUUAAUAAUGACAACAUGGAUUCUGGCAAUAUUACUUUCAAUACCAUAUAUGGCGUGUGUAAGAUUCAACAAUGGAAAAUGUGAACAUGUUUUUGAAAAAAAGGUUAUGCUUAUGUUUGAUAUCAGCCUCAUUCUGAUUCUGCCUGUCCUUAUCAUUGGAGCGUGCUAUACAUGUAUUAUUGUGACAAUUUGUCGUCGAGAGCGAAAUGAACUUUUGAAUGAAAGUACUAAAAGAAGCACUUAUUCCUCACGUAAAAACGACGGUCAAAAACAAAGUACAAGGAAACCACUUAUUACUCAGGCAAGAAUACGGACCAUUAAAUUACUUCUGAUCAUCGUAACUGCAUACAUUGUUUGCUGGACACCCGUGUGCGUUGGUACAUCAUUGAUGAUGUGGAAAUGGAUUGAAUUUGGAGUUACUUUUCAACUUCUGUACGUCUUGGCGCCAUUGAAUAGCCUCGUGAAUCCUCUUGUGUUUUUAUUGUUCCAUAGGAAAAUUUUCAAAAGAAAAGAGUUUGGAACUUACAGAUUUAACCCGUCUGAAACAGUAAAAACGUCAAUUUUUACAAACGGGUCAGUAAAGCAGGCAUCAUCAAGGUGUUAGGAUUUUUUUGUGUCUCUAUAUAUUUUGUAUGUCUUAACUGGUAAUCUGAGAAAAUAUUAUUGCACACUGCCAUGCCUACUGUACAAAAUAAUGAUUCUACAUGUAAAGCUGUUUAUUUUCGAUAAAGUAAAAACAGAAAAUCCGGGAUAAAUGAUCAGUUCAUAGUAAGUCCGUUGUUUUCGGUCCAAUCUUUUAUCCGUACACCUGGUACUGUACUUUAAAACAACAGCAAUAUAUGCAGUGUUGAAACUAGUGAAAUGUAUAUAUGCUAUAAAACAAGGUCUCAGUGUAGUUAUGCGGUGAAGAACAACAAUAAAGCGGUAUUAAUUUGCUUUUUAUAUGAAUUCUUUUAUGCUGUACAUGUUUCGGUUUUGAUUAUUAAUAAA